AUGGAUACACAAGCCAAGAAACAAAAUUGUCAAGCUGAUGAAGCUCCCUCCAGAUAUGGAUUUGAUCGCCUGUCUGAAGAAUUUGUCCUUGACAUUGUUUCCAGGCUUCCCAUAACAUCUUUACUUCAAUUCACGUUUGGUCGAAAAUCGUUUUACAACUUGUCUCAUGAUCCAGAGCUAGUGAAUUUGCACCUGUCUCGUGCAGUAAAGACCGAUCCUUGCAUUAUCUUUCACAAGCCUAAUCAGCUUUACUUUCUUGAAUUUUCUGAUCAUGGUACGGAAGAAGCGGUUAUGAGGAAAAUCAGCAACUCUUUUGCAAACUCUACGCUAGUAUUUGAAGUGAUUGGUUCAUGUCAUGGACUAUUGUGCAUAUGGGAUUGUCUGAUUAGUGAUUCACUUUAUGUGUACAAUCCUUUUACAAGGGACUACAAAGAGCUGCCUAUAUCAGUAGAACCUCACGUACAAGAAUUGGUUUUCUGGUUUGGUUUUCAUCCUAUUACGAAAGAGUACAAGUUGAUCAAGAUCAAGAACUAUCCAAUUUGUAUUUCAGAUGCUGAAGUACUUACUUUUGGUGGCAACAGAUGGAGAAGUAUUGGGAAAGUUGGUUACAGGAUUGAUUCAAGUGCAAAAGCAAUUAUGUUAAAUGGGAAGAUGCAUUGGCUGACUCUAUUUGGAAUGUAUUACGGACGUUCUGAUAGGCUUGUCGUUUCGUUUGAUUUAGCAUAUGAGGUAUUUGGAGAGGUACCAAAAAUUGAUUUUGGUGUAGACCCAAGAAUUGUUCAGUUUCAACUAGCAGUUCUUGGAGGUUGGCUUGCUGUUGCUCUAAUUUCGCAUCGCUUUAAUGAGGGAGGAUUAGAAAUUUGGGUAAUGAGAGAAUACAAUGUGAAAGAGUCUUGGGUAAAGGAGUUCAAAAUUGGAGCUUAUACACCAACACCAAAUUCUGUCCUACAAUAUGUGCAGCCAUUCGUGAAAGUUGUAUGUCUGUUGAAGAAUGGAAAGCUCUUGCUCGAGUGCAAAGGUGGAUAUAUGGUUUUAUAUGAUCCUCAAAAUGGUGUUUUUAGGACAUUAAGGAUGAUUAUGAAAAAGGAUCUCAGGAUUUACUUUCCACUUGCUAUUCACCCCGAGAUGCUCACCUGGUGUAGCAGUGAAUCUGUGUAUUUUUAUUUGGUAAAACCUGAAUCCAGCCAGUUUAAAGUAGCUGAUGUGAAUAUUGAAUGGAUUCACAGAGAUGACUUUGCGGAUCAGACAAUACAAGCCUAUCGUUGUCAAAAUAAUGCUAAAACCAAAACAUUUGUCAAAGAGAAGUUCGAAAGGUCAGAAUAUGUUGCUAUUCCUGACAAGUUCUCUGGGGCUACGUGUGGCUUGCAAAUCCAAGAUAACUCAAGUAAACCAGAAAACCUGUUCGACCAUCGACCAGGCUUCUUGAAUCUUUGA